UGCGCGUGCGUGGGACGGGUCAAAGUGGCUGAAAACGGCGGCACCCCUCACCCCACGCUCUCGCUUUCGUCUUCUUGUGAAUAAGGCAGCGCUGCGCAGAGAAGUUCUUUUCCGGUCGCUGCCCGUGGCCAGGUGUAAACAUGCCGCUCGCGAAAGAUUUGCUACACCCCUCUGCGGAUGAGGAGAGGCGCAAGUGCAAGCUGAAGAGGCUUGUUCAGCAUCCUAAUUCUUACUUCAUGGAUGUCAAAUGCCCAGGAUGCUACAAGAUCACCACUGUGUUUAGCCAUGCCCAGACCGUGGUGCUGUGCGUCGGCUGCUCGACAGUCCUGUGCCAGCCCACUGGUGGACGUGCAAAGCUCACUGAAGGCUGCUCGUUCCGGCGGAAGCCCGUCUAAGGUGAUACUGGCUGACUAAUAAAGCGUGGUGAACGCGAUACUGUGCGUUUUACUGACAACAUGUUCACGGAUCAGUGGGACGAACGGAAGGAGGAAGGACAUGGGGAGGAGGGAGUACCGCGGCGAGGUGCCCGCGAUGAUAUAUCGACUCGACAGUGCAUCUUUUACCCAUUAUCGUUGACGCUGGUCAGGGGCUUUACAGGUGCGCAAUAAAGAUCACUGCUACCAUACCAAAA